UUCUCAUGCAUGUCCCCUACACCCACCUGUCCUCCUCUUCCACACCCCCACAUUUGCUCUCUCUUCUUCACACACAUUUCUCUCAUAUCCCCAUUUUCUUCAGUCUUAAAUAGUUCACGUUUAGAAAAUUUCAUAAAGCUUUUCCCUUAUAAUUAAUUCCAUGGACGAAGAAAAAUUUGAGGAUGAUGAAAAACAUGCAUUGGAAGGUCUGAGCGUGGAGCCAGCACCGCAUAAAAAAGCUCAUUCAUACAGCCACCAGCUCUGUACCAACACCGAAACUCACCACAAGCGUUACCACCAGUUCCGACAUCACAGCUUUGACAUUCCCACUAACCUCAUCAACAAUAAUAAUCAUGGGUUAAUAUACGAUGAGGACGAUUCUGAUGAAGAAUUUUAUCCUUAUAUUUCAACGUCAGGGUAGGUGUUUGAUGCAGGUAUCGGGCUGACCAUGGCAAAUGUGCUGCCAUCGUCGGAUCAUCAACAGCCAUUGUUGGAGUUUGUUGGAGGUGGUGGUGGAGCUGAAAUUUUCAAAGUGCCAACUCGUGCUUCUGUUCAUCCCUCUCGUCCAUCUUGCUAUGAACUCAGACCUCACCCCCUAAGAGAAACCCAGGUUGGAAAAUUUUUGAGGACGAUAGCCUGUACAGAGACACAAUUAUGGGCAGGACUAGAAUGUGGGAUAAGAGUAUGGAAUUUUUCAGAUCAGUAUAAGCCAGGAAUGGGAAUUGGGGAAAGGGCAAGGAGAGGAGAUGAGGAUGCCGCACCAUUUCACGAGUCGACAAAUACAACACCCACAUUAUGCUUGAUGGUUGAUAGUGGGAGUAGGUUGAUAUGGAGUGGACACAAAGAUGGCAAGAUUAGGUCCUGGAAGAUGGACCAAUCAAAUGCUGAUGAAUCUCCUUUCAAGGAAGGCCUCUCCUGGCAAGCUCAUCGUGGUUCUGUUCUUUCUAUGGUCAUGUCUUCUUAUGGUGAUAUAUGGUCAGGGUCCGAGGGUGGUAACAUUAGAGUUUGGCCAUGGGAAUCUGUUGAAAAAUCUCUCUCUCUAUCACCGGAAGAAAAACACAUGGCUGCUUUACUUGUGGAAAGGUCAUUCAUUGACCUUAGGAGCCAAGUUACAGUUAAUGGUGUCUGUAACAUCUCAUCUUCUGAUGUGAAGUGCUUGUUGUCUGAUCAUAUAAGAGCAAAAGUGUGGGCAGCGGGAUCAGCAUCCUUCUCGUUAUGGGAUGCACAUACAAGGGAACUCCUUAAAGUUUACAAUGCAGAAGGUCAAAUUGAAAAUCGAGUUGACAUGUCAUCAGUGCAAGACCAAGCAACAGAAGAUGAGAUGAAUGCCAAGUUUGUACCAAAAUCUAAAAAGGAAAAGUCACAAGGAAGUAGCUUUUUGCAGCGGUCACGUAAUGCUAUAAUGGGAGCAGCAGAAGCUGUUCGCCGAGUUGCUACAAAGGGGGCAGGAGCAUUUGCAGAAGACAGUAAGAAAACAGAAGCCCUUGUGAUUGCAGCUGAUGGAAUGAUUUGGAGUGGGUGUUCAAAUGGUUUACUUGUGCAGUGGGAUGGAAAUGGAAACCGUUUGCAAGAUUUCCAUCACCAUCCUUGUCCUAUUUUAUGCUUAUGCAUUCAUGGUUCUCGAAUAUGGGUUGGCUAUGUAAGUGGCAUGGUACAGAUGCUGGAUCUCGAAGGAAACUUGCUAGCUGGUUGGGUUGCUCACAACGGGCCUGUAGUAAAAAUGGUAGUUGGGGAUAACUAUCUCUUCAGCUUGGCUACUCACGGUGGUAUACGUGGAUGGAGUCUUGCCUCUCCAGGACCUAUUGAUAACAUAAUACGACCAGAGUUAGCUGAGAAAGAACAUUUGUACACCAGAAAAGAAAAUUUCAGGAUUUUAGUUGGUACCUGGAAUGUUGGUCAGGGAAGAGUUUCGCAGGAAGCGCUUGCAGCUUGGCUUGGUUCGGCAGUUUCAGAUGUUGAAAUAGUAGUGGUUGGGUUGCAAGAAGUCGAAAUGGGAGCUGGUUUUCUUGCAAUGUCUGCUGCAAAAGAAACUGUAGGAUUGGAAGGAAGUGCGAUGGGGCAAUGGUGGCAGGACGCAAUAGGGAAGGCAUUGGAUGAAGGAUCAACUUUCGAACGUGUAGGAUCAAGGCAACUAGCUGCAUUGCUUAUUGCUAUCUGGGUGAGAAAAUCUCUCAGAAAACAUGUUGGAGACCUUGAUGUUGGAGCAGUUGCAUGCGGUUUAGGACGUGCAAUUGGUAACAAGGGUGGCGUUGGUCUGAGGUUAAGAGUAUUUGAUCGAAUAAUGUGCUUUGUAAACUGUCACUUGGCCGCUCAUUUGGAAGCAGUAAAUCGUCGCAAUGCUGAUUUUGACCAUAUAUAUCGAACAAUG